AUGCCCGCAGACAUGGCGACGUCCAGAUUAUUCGAUAUUAUCACAGAAGGGGGAUUUCUACAACUGGCAACGCUAUUAAAGGCGCAUCGACGAGAGAAGGACUGUAAGUUCAUUGUGGCCGGUGAUUUCCUGGGAGGCUCUGCUAUGGCUGUGGCAAUGCAAGGCCGGAAUGUUAUCGAAGUUUUGGAUGCGAUGGAGACGGAUUAUGUGGUGUUGGGGAACCACGAGUUUGACUAUACCGCGGAUGUAACACGUGCACUGAUCAAAGAAACUAACUUCAAAUGGCUGGGCUCGAACGUACGAGAAGCAGAUACCGGCGAUCUGAUGGACGGUGUUACGGACACAGAGACAUUCACCAUCGAAUGCCACGAGGUCAGGGGCCAGAACAUGAGCCGAGAAGACACCAGCGGAGCGACCACAAACGUUAUACUCGGCUUGUUUGGCGUGUGUACUGACUACACCGUGAAGCUAUCCACGCCCGGGCCCUCGGUGGUAUUCGAGGAUGUGGUAGAAACAAGCAAAAAAUGCGUAGACCAUCUCGUGGACGAGCGCAAUGCGGAAGCGGUGGUGUGCAUCAGCCACGUAUCACUGGACACAGACAGAGAGAUUGCCAAGCACGUGGGUAAUCUGGACGCCAUCAUAGGUGGCCACGAUCAUAUGCCGUUCGGGGAAUACUAUGAGGAUACGUUUAUUUUCAAAUGCGGAGAGAACGCCCACUGGUUGGGCAUAUUAGACUUAGAUGUUGUAGUGGAAUACGAGGGCGGCGAGAGGACUGUGAGUGUCCUACCAUCGUGGAGCAUGGUAGCCAACAAAGGAUACGAUCUGGACCCCGGCAUCGCCAAGAUACACAGUAAAUACACCGCUAAGUUGAGAGAAAUGCGUGGGGGGGACAAUAUGGAUGAGGUUAUUUGUAAGGUAAUUGGAAAGGAACUGUUGACAUUCUCAGACGUUGUGAGGAGGAAAGAGGCUGCGUUCCCGGCCGUGUUGGCCGAUGCCAUGCACGCUCACUACAGAGACAGGGGUGCUGCGUUAGCAGUUAUAAACGGUGGGUUUGUACGUGGCAAUCAGAGCUAUCCGGUGGGUACUUCUUUUACUAUGUUCCAUGCGAUGAACGAGAUACCCUUCCCCAAGCCAGACGUGCUGAUCCGAAUCAAAGGCGUAUACUUUCGGGAGGCGCUGGAAUGCAUGUUGUCUGUAUAUCCCAAACCGGCUGGAUUAUUCCCUCAUGUGUCGAGUACGGGACACGUGGUCUUUGACGACGACAAGCCUCCGGGAUCACGCUUAGUGACCGUGACUGUAGGUGGCGCCCCGCUAGAUGACGACCGAGAAUACAUGAUGGUCAUAUCUAUCUUCAUGUACCUGGGAGGAGACGGCAACGAGCCGUGGACCAAAGGCGAAUUGAUAGCGAAUGACAACACGCCCAUCAGCAAAUCAUUAAUCGCACACUUGAAAACCCUGGAGGUUUUCGAUGCCAAUAUUAGCGGGCGUGUUAACCUACUGCACAAGCAUCAUUAGUUUACUAGAUUUGUAACCUCUGUCCCACCGUAGUUUUAAAUCAAAAAACGUGAUAUAGAGUAGAAAUCUAAACGGGAGACCUGUUGCAACUGUACCUCAAGGUCACGUCGAAUUAGCAAAAUAUGACUCAGAUUUUACCACUUUGGAUUGACUCGCUCCGGGCUUCGGUGAUUUACAUUAUGUUUCUAAUAGCAAACUGACUGCUCAGACCUGAUGAACGUGAUUCUGCACUGGUGUGCGUUCUCAAGUUGCUCUUGAUCUUUUAGUUAGCACUGGUGAGUACAUGCCGGGAUCGGCUAGUAAGCUUGUAUACGGAUCUCAUUCUCUGUGCUUUUUCUUUGCUCCGGACUUCUCGCAUUGAGUGAUUGUACGUCAAACGCAGCCACAACACAUGAGGACAGGAACACCCCCCACACCCACCCCUUUCCCCCCGAGAGGUUGCAUUAAAAGGAUCAAACUCCCACACUGGUUUUGUGGGGGAAAUGUGGUGGUGGUUGGUCACGAUGCAACGCUGCUAGCUGCUAAACGAGCUUCAGUAGAUUAUAGUGGACCUUUAGGAUCGAACAUAUCAUUUAAGAUUAAAUCUAGUGGCUCAAUUUUUCAAUCGGUAGCCUUAAAUGC